UUUGAUAUCGUCUCAGCUCUGCUCUUUCAUACCUCAAUUGGUCCUUUCAGCGACAAACAAUAGCAUAGCAACCACUCUGAUGACUGAAUUAGCUGGCUAGCGAGCUACUGAUAAUUUAGCUUGGAAUCCAGAAGAAUCCAAAGUGACUGCACUAGUUUUGAACUAGCUAAGAAGCUUGCAUCUUCAAAACUGGAACAAAUCCGGAGACCCAUCACACGCAGAAAUCAGGUCCGUAAUACUGAGUGAAGGGCCGUGCAGGAGGGGCUUAUAGAGAGGGAGUCCACCGUGGUGAGAAUGAAACAUUGAUGUCUUCUCGGCUCGCUCAACCGCACACGUCGUUUGAAAUGUCCUUAGUAGUGUGCAGAGGAGAGGAGGCUCCUCAGUAGCAGCAGCCAUGGGUCUGUUAGCCUAUCUGAAGACCCAGUUUGUUCUGCAGCUCCUCCUGGGCUUUGUGUUCGUGGUGAGCGGCCUCAUCAUCAACUUCAUCCAGCUCCUCACCUGUGUCCUGUGGCCCUUCAACAAGCAGCUCUACCGCAGGAUCAACACCAGGCUCUCCUACUCCCUCUGGAGCCAGCUGGUGAUGCUGCUAGAGUGGUGGUCGGGCACCGAAUGCACCCUUUAUACAGACCAGGCCACGGUGGAGAAGUUUGGCACGGAGCACGUCAUCAUCAUCCUCAACCACAACUACGAGAUUGACUUCCUCUGCGGCUGGACGAUGUGUGAGCGAUACGGAGUCCUAGGGAGUUCCAAGGUGCUGGCCAAACAUGAGCUGCUGAAGGUGCCUCUGAUUGGAUGGACCUGGUACUUCCUGGAAAUUGUGUUCUGUAAGAGGAAGUGGGAGGAGGACAGAGACACUGUGUUCAGUGGUCUGGACAGACUCAAAGACUACCCUGAGUUUAUGUGGUUCCUGCUGUACUGCGAAGGCACUCGCUUCACAGAGAAGAAACACCAGAUCAGCAUGGAAGUGGCAGAGAGUAAAGGCCUGCCCAAGCUCAAAUACCACCUGCUGCCCAGAACCAAAGGCUUCACCACAACACUGAAAUGCCUCAAGGGCACAGUGUCUGCCGUGUAUGAUGUCACACUGAAUUUCAAAGACCACCAAGUCCCCACUCUGCUGGGCAUAAUCAACGGCAAGAAAUACAUGGCAGAUAUGAGAAUCAGACGGUUCCCUGUAGAUGAGAUCCCAGAAGAUGAGAAGGAGUGUGCCAACUGGCUUCAUAAGCUUUACCAGGAGAAGGAUGCUCUGCAAGAACACUAUCAUAAAGAGGGCACUUUCCCAGGUCCCACCAUCACCCCUCCUCGCCGGUUGUGGACGCUACUUAACUUCUUUUUCUGGGCGACCUUGCUGCUCUCGCCCCUCAUAAACUUCGCCUGCGGUGUGGUGGUCAGUGGCUCCCCCCUCCUCAUCCUCGGCUUCAGCCUCUUCCUUAUCAUUGCCUCCAUAGCCAUCCGGCGCCUGAUCGGUGUCACCGAGAUAAAGAAGACGGGCUCCAGUUACGGCGACGAGGGGGCUAAGAAACAUCACUAGAACUCUCCCUCCCGACCGCGGUUGGUCGCUCUCGUACGGUCCACCUGCGGUCCCCUUCCACCUAUUCUGUUGUCCUGAGGUGUAUGCGAGUAAGCACUCCGGGGGGGGGGGGGUCCAACCGAUUUACACCAGAGAUGGAUCUGGACGAUGAGGGAAGGAAGAGAAGGAGGGGUUUGACCAUGGGAGGAGUGUAGAGAGAAAAAGGAGACCAUCUGCAGCCAGCUCUCUGUGGAGUAGGAGAGGGCAGGACUGACAACAUGGACAUGCUCCUUGCCCCCUUAUCCAACCCUGUCAAACCCCCCCCAGUCCCCCCGCCACCUCGCACUCUUCGACUCCUUUGACCCUAGGAACCAACCCUAUCAGCAGCUCUCCUUUCCAUAACUUUCUUUUGAAUCUUUGAUUUGAGGUUGAGGUGUUACUUCAGUGUUCACCUUGUAACAUGCAGUACAGUAUAUCUCCCCCUCGUUCUACCGAAAAGCCGGACAGAGCUCAACAAUGCCACCAUUUUCCUCACCUACGCGCCUAAAUAUGUUGCUGUCCGCCUAGAAAAAAAAAUCGCCCAGAUGAUAAUUGUUGCAAUGAUUUCACUGUACCGCAGCCCCUGAGUGCCAUGGGGAAUACACCGAGCGCAAAUUCAUGACCGUUUGUAAUUGCACCAUUACUACAAAGACAACGGCUUGUGACUUCCCAAAUAUUUUUCAUUGUGCUCCUUCUUUGUGUACUUUUUUCAACUUAGGCACACGUAUGCUCCCUGUACAAAAAGGUCAGUGUAGAGGCCUGCCAGGUUUCCACUUUGCUUUUUACCUCUGAGAAAAAUGUGUUUAUUUUCACUGUGCUUCAUCUCUCUGUUGUGGGAACCAUUUUUAUUCAUGAGCAAAUAUAAUGGGGUGGUUCUAUGAUUCUACAAGUCUAUGCAUUCUUACCAAGAGAGUCAGCUAGAGUUUGGCUGCUGUUGAAUAUUGCUUAGCUCUGUUAAAAAUAAGUCCCUAUGUUCAACAGCAGAGAUGGGACUUCCAGUGUUUUAAAUACUGAGUCAGGGUUCUGUGUGUUAAGACUACAGCAAGGGCUCUGUAUUCAUUAACUUAAUGGUAACUUAUUAGCAUUGUCAUGAUAUUACACACCACUAUUCCAACGCCCCCGGGUUCUGACCCUAAUUAUUUUAUGUAUGUAGGUUUUUACAGCAUUCUCCAUUGCUUGCUCACCAGUAGAUAUCUGCACACACAUUAUCAUGCCAGUUCCCGAGUGAACUAUGAACUUGUUCUCCUGCCAUCUCUGCUCUGGUUUAAACAUGCUAAACCACCCCCAGUGUUAGUGUGACCUCUUAUAAUAACCUUAACCACCAAUUCCAGUCAGAACAGACAAUGAUAACCCCAACCGCCCUUUAUAAUUGAAAUGCAGUACUUACUGAAUGAAUGAGUUGUUCUAAUGAUCGAAGCUGAGAGCUGCUGGUCUCACUGCCAUCCCCUUCUCUCCUAAAACAGUGAUGGGGUUGGUAGUGGCAUUAGUGUAUGGAAACCCAGCACUUACUACUGUCCACUUGUAACCUCAUUACUGAAAGGACAUUUGAUUCUGCUCUUCAACUCUAGACUGUAGUAAUGUUUGCCUUAAUUCAAGUUUGCUUAGGCUAGGGUGAUUGUUUGAUUGGUUGCUAGGUUCCCUCCCCACCACAUCUCUCCCUCCACUACAGUCUUCUAUUCAGACACACUCCACCAACCCUUCAUCCAUAAUGGUGCACUGUGGGUAGUUGAGUUCUCUCCGGGGUAGUACUGACAUGUUUAUGGGUUUAUUAUGCCAAGGUAUAUGUUGAGGUGCGAGGAUCAAUAGGACCUUAUUAUCAGUUGCCACCAAUGAGUAACAUGAAGUUACUAAAACUACUUUUGGGUCCUGAAUUGCACAGGAAGGAAUAUUUAUUUUCAUUUUAUUUUGCUGCAAUUCAUUGUACGGCAGAGCGCCACCCUAGGCUCAGGCACUGCAUUUGCUUUUAAAACAUGUUACAUUGUUUAUCUCUACUCAUUGGACAAUUAUUUACACUCUAUGAUGGUAGUCUUAAUGGUGACCUGCCCCAUCUGUGGUCUGAGGGGUUGGCGUAUUGAGGGGUUGGCGUAUUGAGGGGUUGGCGUAUUGAGGGGUUGGCGUAUAGGGAGGCGGAUGACUCCUUUAUAACUGGGAUUGUCAGUGCAACAUGCAAACAUGAUAGCAACAUGUCAUCACUAGUCUAAAGAACUCCAAUCUUUUCUCCCUAUGUUGAUGUCCUUUUGUUUUUUUGUUUUGCGUUAAAUGUUGUUUUUUUUUAACCAGGACAGAUUCAUGCAAGCCUUAACAGACAGAGUGCAGCUUCAUUGCAUUGUGUGUGUGUGUGUGUGUGUGUGUGAACUUAGACAACACUUCCUCAGUAGUAUUAGGUUUUGAUUGGCAAGUAGUGAGGGACACUGACUCAGUAAGAUUCACAUAAAUCUGCCCUCUGUUAAAAUGAUGAGGAACUCGUGUUUUAUUUCUCACUCCAGAAAAAAUGGGUUAGGGUUAAAGUAUAGCUAUUUGUAAAGCUGACGAGAUGCGGGUCCCAUGAGAAUCUGCUCCUAGUUACAGUAAUAGUUAAGAGGGACCCAUUUUAAUAAUACUUACUGUCCCGUGAUGCUUCUGUCUUCGAUACCUCUGUUACAACUCCUGUUACAUCUCUCAACUGUUACAGUAGCUUAGGAGAUAUAUGUUCUAUGUUUUGGGGCAUAAUGUUCUCAUCUCCAGUCUACUUCCCAUAACUCAAAACUACAGUACCACCUCUCCCUCAGGUAUCUAUCAGUCCAGCUCUGUGUAUAAGGUGUAUAUAUUUCAGUGCAACAGAACAUGCAGAGAAGUUAACCUGUGGGUUUUUACUUGGGGGAAAAAUCCCACUAACUUUGAAUUUUCUGAUUUUUGGUCAAGUUUUCGAAACUUAAGAAUUGGGUAACGUUAGAAAUACAACACUGAAAUCUGACCCUUUUUGGCUUAAAAGUUGAGUCAAGAUGUGCCACUUAUUUGUCCUUUUUCUAAAUAUCUGUUUAUUCAAUGAAACAAUUAUUAAAGGAUUUAAUCACA